CCCUCAUGCACGUUGCUCCAGUAAAUGGUUUUUGAGUUAUAUUUUAUUUUUUUCCCCACGUCGGCCGCCGUAGCGCUGAAAGACUACACAUCCCAUCCCAAACUGAGGGAGUUUAGGGGUGUAAUAUUAAUAUUUGUGUGCAUAAAAUAAUCAGAAUUGGAGAUACAGAGUACACCGAAUACAACACACACCCACAAUGAAGCUAAAAGAAAUUCAGAGAACAGCCAAUCAGGCAUGGAGCCCUGCAUCCCGGCAUCCUACCUACUUAGCAACAGGUACAUCUGCCCAACAGCUAGAUGCAUCUUUUAGUACAAGUGCAGCCCUGGAGAUUUUUGAACUGGAUUUCUCAGAUCCUUCACUAGACAUGAAGUUAAGAGGUUCCCUUUCAACCACAAACAGGUUUCACAGCCUGAUCUGGGUGAAUUUCGGAGCAGUCACAGCAGGAUCCUCAGGGAUGCUUGUGGGUGGGGGUGACAAUGGAGCUGUCACUCUCUACAACCCAACACAGAUACUGGCUUCAGAAAAAGAGGCCAUCGUAGGACAAUGUGAGAAACAUACAGGCCCUGUCCGGACCCUUGACUUCAACCCCUUUAAGAGUAACCUUUUGGCCUCUGGAGCCAAUGAUUCAGAGAUAUAUAUCUGGGACUUGAAUAACUUUAGUAAUCCAAUGACACCAGGGGCAAAGUCACAACCUCUUGAAGAUGUCAGUGUUGUUGCCUGGAAUAGGCAGGUGCAGCACAUCCUUGCUUCGGCUCACCCCAGUGGUAAGGCAGUUGUGUGGGACCUGAGAAAAAAUGAACCCAUCAUUAAAAUCAGUGAUCACAGCAACAGAAUGCAUUGCUCUGGGAUGUUGUGGCACCCUGAAGUGGCCACUCAGCUGGUGCUGGCAUCAGAAGAUGAUCGCCUUCCAGUAAUCCAGAUAUGGGACCUGCGGUUUGCCUCGUCCCCUCUAAAAUUGCUGGAGAACCACACAAGAGGGAUUCUGUCUAUUUCCUGGAGCCAGGCUGACCCAGAGCUGCUGCUCAGUAGUGCUAAAGACAACAGGAUUUUGUGUUGGAACCCAGGAACAGGAGAGGUGAUUUAUGAAUUGCCAACAAGCAGCCAGUGGUGUUUUGAUGUCCAGUGGUGUCCCAGGAAUCCUGCCAUUCUCUCUGCUGCCUCAUUUGACGGUCGGAUAAGCAUUUACUCAGUAAUGGGAGGAAGCCUAGAUGCUCAAGGACAAGGCCAUGUUGAUAAGAUCUCUUCCUCGUUUGAUGCCAUGGACCCUUUUGGAACUGGGCUGUCCCUCCCUCCUCUGCAGGUUCCUCAGAAGGUGGCCCAGAUGAAAGUCAUUCUUCCUCUUAAAAAGCCUCCUAAAUGGACCAGGAGGCCUGUGGGGGCAUCAUUUGCAUUCGGAGGGAAGCUGAUAACCUUUGAAAAUCCCAAACCAGCACAAGAGCAAGUGCCGCAGCCCAUUCCACGUCACGUGUUCAUCAGCCAGGUUACCACAGAAACCGAGUUCCUCCAGCGCUCCAGCGAGCUCCAGUCAGCACUGCACACUGGAAGUUUAUCCAGCUACUGCCAAGCCAAGAUUCAGAAGGCAGCAACGGAAUCUGAAGAGAACAUCUGGAGCUUUUUAAAGGUUAACUUUGAAGAUGAUGCUCGCAGCAAAUUCUUACAACUUCUGGGAUACAGUAAAGAAGAACUGGAGAAAAAGAUUGCCUCUUGCUUAGGAAAAAGUCUACAGCCUAACGGUAAUGGGGUUGAUGCUAAUGAUCUUGCAGAAAAAAUACAAAUUUUAUCUGCUCAGAGAUCGGACGAAUCCAGUGCCGCAGGGGAUACUUCAUCAUCCCCCACAUCCUCAACACAGUCUGACUUUUUCAGCAAUCUUCCCAAUGACAAGCCCAAAUUUCAGAUUUCUACAACCACAGAUACCGAUGGUCUGAUCAGCCAAGCACUCCUAGUAGGUAACUUUGAAGGGGCUGUUGAUCUCUGUUUUAACAAUGCCCGCUUUGCUGAUGCUAUUAUCCUGGCUAUUAGUGGUGGAGAGGAGCUAUUGAAGAAAACCCAACAGAGAUAUCUAGCAAAGCAGAAAACUGGCAUUUCAAUGCUUGUUUCCUCCAUAGUUAACCGGAACUGGACAGAUAUUGUACAGUCAUGUGACUUAGAAAACUGGAAGGAAGCCUUAGCUGCCCUCCUGACUUAUGCACGUCCUGAGGAAUUCUCGGAGCUGUGUGAUAUUCUGGGGUCUCGUCUGGAGCGUGAAGGAGAAGAGAGGAUGUGUCUUUGGGCCUGUCUGUGUUACAUCUGCUCUGGGAACAUUGGGAAACUGGUUGAAUGCUGGGUACUGAAAAAUGAAACCUCAUCACCUUUGGCUUUAGAGGAUCUGGUAGAGAAGGUGAUGGUUUUGCGCAAAUCGAUUGAACAGCUUCGUGGUGGCGAUGUGGCAACUCGGAGCACUGUCCUGGCAGAGAAACUGACUCAGUAUGCCAACCUGUUAGCAGCUCAGGGGAGUCUUGCUGCAGCCAUGAGCUAUCUGCCUGCAAGCAGCAGUCAGGCUUUAAUCAUGCAGUUGCGGGACAGGCUGUUUCAUGCUCAGGGAGAGGCUGUUGCAGGUCAGCAACCUCCUCCCUUCCCUUACAACAGAGUCCAGGUGGGGGGAGGCGCUCGCCCUGUUUCUACUGCAGCGCCAGUCCAGCAAUCGGGCCACAGAACCCAGCAGCAGGGCCCAUACCAGCCUGCAUUUCAUCCUCAGAUGCAACCUUCAGGGCGGCCUCCAGUUUUCACUCCACAGCCAACAUCGACAGACUCCGUGCCACACUCUGGUAUGCCAGCCAUUUCCCAUGGACCUCCUGCCAGCAUAUUCUCCAGACCACCGUACCCUCGACACCCUGCCACUGCUUCAGCAUUCUCUCAACCUUUCAGCCAGCCAGGAGGGCCUCCAAGUGGACAAGCAGCUUUUCCUACCCAUCCUCCCUGCAUGGCUUCCAGUCUAUCGGGACCUGAGUCGCUUGCAGCACAGCCCAGUGGCCUACCGUCGAUGCCUGGCCCUACUAUGUCAGGGCCUACCUUUAGGCCUCCUGCCUCUGUUCCCUCUUACCAGCCCUCUGGUCCUCUCCCGCCAUCCUCUCAGGCUGCUGGUCUUCCACCAAUGUUCUCAGGCGUUGCUCGCACUCCGACCUCCAUGCCAGCCUCACAGCCUCCCACCACCUACCCACUGGGACCUGGGUACCCACAGGGUGGCCCAGGAGCUCCUGCUGCCAAGACCUUUGCUGCUGCUUCUCUUCCUCCUCCUCCCACAGGAUACUUUCCUUGGCUGGAAAAUCGUUGUGAUGAUGAAGGCUCUCAAGAAGGAUGGAAUGAUCCUCCAAACGUGCGAGGAGGGCCAAGGAAGAAAAAGCUUCAUGAGAGCUACACCCCACCAGCCCCCAUCACAGCACCUGUCAUGAACCUCUCUAUGGAACACAAAGCACUCCAACCUCAGGCCUCUCUACCUCAGGAAACUAUUCAGGCGCCACCAGGGGCACCUAAAGAAGCCAAUAUUCAGACUCUUCAUCAACUACCAGCAGAGAAGAUUGAAAAGAAGGAGAUUCCACAAGAGCAUCUAGUGUUGAAGACAACCUUUGAUGGACUGUUAAAGAGCUGCCUCCUAGCUGCUGGUGACCCGCAAACGAAGAGAAAACUUGAUGAUGCUUCCAAGCGGCUGGAAUACCUCUACGACAAGCUGAGAGAGCAAACGCUUACUCCUAACAUCCUCGGGGGACUGCACGAGAUUGGACGCUGCAUUGAGGGUCGAAACUACCAACAAGCACUUGCAGUCCACACUCAAAUUGUUAGCAGCAGCAAUUUCAGUGAUAUUUCUGCGUUCAUGCCCAUCCUUAAAGUGGUAAUGACAAUUGCUAAUAAGCUCAGUAUCUGAGAAUAAAGAAGCAAAAUAAAACCAUGCAAACAGCUGUAACGUCCUUGCAGUAUUUCAGUGUUACAAAGCUUUAUAUAUUUGAUAGUUGUAUGUGGUUACUUAAAAUGUGUGCUUUUGAAGUUUUAAUAGCUAUUAUAGAAGUGAAUGUGAACUACUGUAGUUACAGCAAACAUUCAGUUUGUAUUGUAAAAUAAAAUGCAGAAGUAAAAUUGACAAAGUAAAAAAAGUGUCGGCUUCUAACUGGAGCACACUUCUUUACACAUUAAAUAAAAAAACUACUCCAAACGGGUUACAUACUAUUGAACUUCUGUUUAUGUUUAAAAAGUACUCCAGAGAAUUUUUAAACCUGUAGCAAACAGUUGUAAGGUGUAUGAUUUAAAAUGAUACACACCACAUUUAAAUAAAUGGCUUAAUUAGGAGGCAUUAGUUGGCAUAUAUUAUACUACAUAUUAUACUACACUUAUAUUCAAGCAUCUUAUGACUUGGAGUGCAAAUUUUACUGUUUUCUUUGCUGUGACUUAAUACUAAUUGAGUGCUGCACCCAUCUGUUGAUAAGUGUGUAAGUCCGAUUUGUCUAUGGAAAGAAAACCUUUAUUUAGUUUCCUUUUAUUUAUUUUUAAACUGCAUACCUUUUCAGCAUUAAACUGUGCCUCAGUUUGUUGUAUGAAUGUGCUGUUAAUAAAAUUAAAAACAUAGCAGUCUAAAUUAAACCUGAGCAGCAGAGUGUUGAACACAGUUGUUCUUUCAGUAGGUUCCAGUCUUUCUUCAUUAGCCACUACAGAUAACAGCAAAGGUUAUUAUUCAGAAUAUCACUUAACAAUGAAUGUCACUCAAACAGCUAGAUAUUGUCGUGAGGGUUUCCCUACAUCAGUGUGUGAUGCUGCUUUUUGGAAGUCCCAAGUGUUCUUGUUUUUGCUUCCUGCAUAACUUUUUUUCCGUUUCUGUUGUUCUCUGCUGUCGCAAUCUAUUAAAAAUACUGUUGUUCAAUAUCGGAUAAGUGGAAAAUGCUGCGUACAAUGAGGAGACCAAUAUUAGUGACCCUAAUUACUACAGCAGCACAUUUAUAUUUGCACCGAAACUAGCACUUCUUAGCAAAGUCCUGUGCCAUAUGUAAAGGUAAACAUUAUUAUCUGCAUAAUUAACAUGAUGGAGGCAUCGUUUAUAAUGACCAUCAAACACAGUCUUUGCUUGGAUGUUGUUAAUAAAAUCUUAAUUUUACAGUAGUUUUUUUUCUCUCCGUACAUGAAAUAAUGCAAAUUAUUGCAUCCUUCUGGUUGGCUUAUAUGUAAUUGUUCUAUCAAUUAUUCAAUGAUUCAGUGAACUCUCCUGUGCCCACAUUUCCCAAGUUGACCAUUUGGGGUGCUAUGUAUUCGUUUUAAAAUAUGUUUAAGUAAAAGUUGGUCAAAUAUCUUGCAUAUAAAGAAUAAUUAUUGUCUAACUGUUUAAAUGAUGUGGACAGUACAAAUUUGCAAAGAACAAAUGUUAUAGAAGGACACAGUUACAGUCCAUUGAAGGCAUUUAAAUGAAGUGCCUCAGUGCUCCAUUUUUUGAAUAUUUAUAGGAACUGUUUGCCAUUAUUUUUCAUUCAGAAAUGUUAUUAAAAAUACAUAAAUAAAUAAAUAAAACGUUUCCAAAUAAA